GGCCUGGCGGCCGGGUUGCCUUGGCGAUGAGCUCCGGGGCCCUAGCUACAGCGUAAUCCGCCGAGCCUCCCUCUGGCUUUCGCCGGGGCAUGUCCUGGUCAUGGCCAAGUCUAUCGGCGUGUCUUUCUCCAUGGGCGCAUCCGAAGGGGGCCUUGAUGCUGACAAGAACACUGGAGAGCUCGAGAACACCUACAUUCUGAGGCCUAUUUUCCAGCAAAGGUUCAGACCCUCUGUGGUAAAAGGCUGUAUCCAUGCUGUGCUGAAGGAGGAAUUGGAAAAUGCUGAGUAUUCUCCAGAGGAAAUGCCUCAGCUCACAAAACGUUUAUCAGAGACCAUUAAAGAUAAACUAAAAGAAUUGGGAUAUGACCGGUAUAAAAUGGUGGUGCAAGUAGUGAUUGGUGAACAAAGAGGUGAAGGAGUAUUCAUGGCUGCUCGAUGUUUCUGGGAUGCAGACACUGACAACUACACCCAUGAUAUUUUCAUGAAUGACACUUUAUUCUGUGUUGUUGCAGCAUUUGGCUGUUUCUACUAUUGAGUCUUUGAAAAAGCUGAGAAAAGAUAACUAUGAAGAAAUCUGAACUCUUCUACUAUUAAAUAUCCUGACAAAAUAAAAAUAAAUUGGCACUUUCGCAACUAGAA